AUGGGGUGUGGUAAGACGCAUGUGGCUGAUCAGUAUUUAAAACAGCUCGGUGAUCAAACGUCGACACUAGUCAUCACUUUCAGGAUAUCCCUUGCCCAAUAUUUAGCCGAACGAUUAUCCUUGAAUUCAUACUUAGAGGAUGGCAUAUGGUCCUCCACAGAAGAAGCG